ACGUCCUUUCUCUUCCGUGUAAACGGAAGUUAGCAAUGACCAAAAACAAUUUAUACGUUAGCUUUUUUUAUUGCUGUUAUUUAUACGUUUAUUAACACGAUGUAACUCUAAAUAUUACUAAUUAAAUUAACAGCAUCGCAUACGAAUUGAAGACAGGACUUGGUUGAUAGAUGUUAUCUAGGUAUAGUUAGCUAACAAUGGCUAACUGCAUGGUUUUUCACAAUCAAAUAGCCUCCAUUAUGGAGAUGCUAGCGAAUUCAGCCGUGGCAGAGAUCUGUAAACUCGUAGACGACGACUAUGCAGUGUUUCGUUUGGAAAUGACUCAAAGCCAGAAAGACAACAGGGGAUUGCGGAGGAAACUACAACUACUGGAAUUGAAGGUGGCACGGGAGCGCGCAGAGAGAACAUUGCGACAGCACGUCGUCGCCAGUCGUCCCAGUAGUGUCAAGAUCCUCGACCGAUACAGAGGAAUGGCAAGAGGUGAAGGACAUCUCACUGGAGGCCACAGGAGCUUUGUGAAGCCAGCGGGACACAACGUGUGGAGAGAUGACCAACCCAUAGCUAUAGAUGAGGGGAGUGGAACCUCAACCCAGCAUGUUAUUGUGAUAGAGUCUGCAAAUGCAGAUGCUGCAGGUGCUGGGGUCAAGCAGGAGAGGAAUGAAGGAGAGGACCCUAGACACAACAGAGACAUCCAGACUGGAGCAGCGGCUGGAGUGGCACCCCCUUUAGUCACGGAGGACCUUGCCAAUGCCGCUGCGCCCCAGGCCAGGACCCGACGCAGCAUCACGGAGGAGGAGGAGGGUCCAGAGGUGCUGCUGGGGAAGGAGGAGGGUUGUGAGAAGGGUCUGGGGAACCCUGAGAGGACCAUGGUCAUGGAGGACAACCAGACUACACCACCUCCUGAACCCACAGAGGAAACAGCUGAGCAACACAGGACCACACACAGUCUCACUGAGUCAGUAGACAUGGAGGAUGGGAAGCCUGAUCUGUUGCUGGUGAAAGAGGAGACGAUAGAAGACGAACCAGAGAGCAUUGAUCUGUUGAGUGGAGUAAAGAUGGGGGAGCAAGGUGGUUGGCUGGAGGCUAACAGAGGAGACUGGGUGGCCAUUUUGGAAUCCCAGACCCAGACUGGUGCAGCCAAGGGCCCAGUGAACAACAUCACAGAGCAGGCCUGGACCAGAGGUGACAUAGUGGAGGUCAGGGGAUGGGACAGCAUCCUCAACUCUGGGCUGGGGAAUAACACUGUUAACUACAACCAGAAACAGACAGUCGAACCCAAAACACCAUCUGAACAUAAUCUCCAUGACAACAGACUGGCUGAGACCAGGGCGAGGCGUAGAUUUGGUCUGCGGGGACAGGAAAGUGAACAUAUGCGGCGGGAGAGUACAGACUUGGCUUACGAUGCUCCGUCCUGCUCCUAUAAUUGUGAUUCAGAGACAUUGGUGGCGCCUCAGGUUAACCCCCUAACAGGUGCUUCCUUCAGUCUGCCUUCUAUAGGAUCUAUCAACUGUAAUAUGGACCCUGCGAUGACACUCCCUGGCCUUCGUUCUCCUCACACUCACCUUAUGUUAAACCAGACCUCAGACAGUGCCAGUGCCUCAUCACUAAAUAGCUACACAAGCCCAUUGACAAAUGACAGUAGUGGAGACAGAAUCAGUAAAGGUGGUGGCGUCAAAGAGAAGCGCUUCCCGUGUUCGUUUUCUGGGAAAGCCUUCAGUUUUCCCCAACAGGUGGAGAUUCACCAGAGGGUGCACACGGGGGAGAAACAAUUCAGCUGCCACCUGUGCCGGGCCAGUUUCUCUCACUCCUUCAGCCUGAAGAGGCACCUGAGAGUCCACACAGGGGUGAAACCCUUCAGCUGUACCCAGUGUCACAUGCGCUUCGCCCAGGCUGGUCACCUGAAGAGGCACCAGAGGGUCCACACAGGGGAGAAACCCUACAGCUGCCCCCAGUGUGAGAAGAGGUUCUCCCGCCAGGACCAGCUGAAGAUGCACCUGAAGGUCCACACGGGAGAGAGGCCAUUCGCCAGUACGCACUGCGGGAAGAGGUUAUCAGAGAGGAGCAACCUCAGGAUGCACCAGCAGAAAAAACAUUCCACUCUAACAUAAAAAGUAACCAUUCCCCUGGAUAGCUUCUGACAUUUAGAUCAAGCCCAGCAUUAAAGACAAAUAUACAUUUUCAUUGUUGUCAGCAGAAAAGACCCACAGAUUUCAGUGUUGAAUAUUCCUGGAUAGAAUAUUUCAUCCAGACAUUGUGUGACAUAUAUGACUUAAGUCUAAAAAGUAUGUUAUAUAUUGAGAGUUUAGGACUAUAAGGUUCUAUCUGCAAAAAGAUGGUUCUGAGAUAAUUGGCUUUACAUUUCUGAACCCUCAUUGGUUUGAAUGGUGUCAUCUAUUUUUAUCUUGUAUUCUUUUUAACUAAACAACAUGAAUUGGGUUAUUAAGAGUACUAAAUAGGUAGAGAACAUUGAACAGAACAAUGCUAUAUCAAUAACACCAUUUUUAAGAAACAUUCAGAUCGAACCAAAGCUUGCGAUUUUGUUUGUAUCAGGGGCAAAUCUGGUGCUUUUAGAUAGAAUGCAAGCUAUAUUAGAUCAAAUCCAGACAGGAACUUUUUUUAGGGCAGGUGACCCACAUUACAAUUUCGAUAAGAUUGACAGACAUAGUAAUAAAAAGGCAAAUUUAGGGAGCCUCCAAAGAGGCUGGAAUAUCAAA